GCUUGUUUGAUAUCGCCACUCCAGUUCAUACAAAAUACAAAAUACCUUCUCAUAUUGUUGCUUGUUUGAUAUCGCCACUCCAGUUCAUACCAAAGUGGACAGUCUCGCGGUGGCGAUGGACGUGAACGGGACUGGCAUGGAGGGUCUAAACCAGUGCCUGAGCAGCUUUGUCGACACCGGAACCGUGGAGAGCCACCGGUACUACCUCGCCCGCAGAACGGUGCUGGAGAUGCUUAGGGACCGCGAUUAUGCCGUACCCAUGGCCGAGAUUGAUAUCUCCCUUCAGGAUUUCCGCCAAAAGUACAGUGACAGGCCUGAGCCUGAUAGCCUUAAGAUCACCUCUCUCCACAAGUACGACCCUGAUAAUAAGAUUCUGGUCAUAUUCUGUGGUCAAAAUGUUGUAAAAGUAAGUACUAUCCGUGGAAUUCUAAGUCAGAUAGUCAACAAGGAGACCUUGAAUCGGUUGAUACUGGUUGUGCAAAGUCAACUAACUAAUCAAGCUACAAAAGCUGUAGAACUCUUUACAUGCAAAGUUGAAAUUUUCCAGGUCAAAGACUUGCUUGUCAACAUCACUAAGCAUGCAUUGAGGCCAAAGCAUCAAAUUCUAUCUGAUGAAGAGAAGCAAAAGCUGUUGGAGAAGUAUAACUUGGAAGAGAAACAGCUUCCUAGGAUGUCACAGAAGGAUGCGAUAGCCCGCUACUACGGACUUGAAAAGGGGCAGGUUUUGAAGGUUACGUACACAGGCGAAAUCAUUGAGACACAUGUUACCUAUCGUUGUGUUUGGUGAUGCUCAUUGAGUGGAAGUUGUGUUAUGUAGUUCUUAGCUUUCUCUCUGCCAUGGCUGGAAUUUGUGUUUGAAUUUUGUAGUAUAAUGUGGUGUCGUCUGUUAUUCAUAGUGUCCACCACGAACACCUUCAGCUACCCCUAAGGUUUCUAUGUCGUGUUGUUUUAGGAUCUCCUGAUAUUUUAUCAGUAUGUCUUAUAGUCACGUCAAUUAUCCUGGCAGCCAUCUCUUGAUUUUUGAUUUAUGAUGAAUUGAUGAUUUUCUUAAGCUUUCAUAAGAGCCACUAUGGAAAAGGUUACGUUUGGCA